UGCCAAAACUAAAAUACAGAUAAAAACUAAGGAUUAGGAUAUGUAGAUAAACACCAUGAGUGAGAGGCCUACGUUUAGACCGUACACAGACUACCAAGAAAGACAGCGGCAUCUCCUCGCACACAAGGAUGAAUUCGGACCGAAGCUGUUUAAGCAGAUGGUGGUGGGGUUUGUGUGUGCUGGACUGCUGGGGGUCGUUUUUCUGAUCAUGGGUGCAGUCUUUAUGAGAGAGGCUCUUGAGUCAGAGUAUUCGAUAUCAGUGAUGCUCUGUGUGUUUGGAAUGGUGGCGGGCCUUAUCAUCAUUGUGGGGACAGCCAUUCUUGGUAAACUGUCAAUUUCCAGGAAAUGGCUGAAGGCUUCACCUGCUCCCAGAAACUCACAGUGCUUUCAAACUUGCUCAGUUGUGUACACACCUUCGCAAGACCCUAUAGGAAUACAGGAGGCACCCCCUGCAUAUGAUACGAUCAUGCUCGGCGAGUUAGUUCCGGGGACAGUGUUGGAGACGUCGCUGGCGGGAAUGCUGCCUCCUAAGUACUGCGAUGUAGCCUCACUUCCAAAUUAUGGGGAACCUGUCUAAUUGAUUUGGUCAAAUGCCUUUUUUUCAGGUUUUACAAAAUGAUUUAUAUAUUAUUUUUAUAUGUGUAUAGAGUUAUUUUUUGUCAUGCAUAUCAAAUGUUCAAUUUCAAAUUUUUUGCCUUUGCAGGAAAAACUUAAUAAAUUCUAUGCGAAAUGCAAGUUUUAUAUUUAAUAUAUAUAUUUCAUGAUUGUUUAUAUAGCAUUGUAUUGUAUUAAGUAGCCAAGAGAUAUGUAGGUUGUUUCAUGUUUUUGUGUUAAAGACACAAUAUGUAUAUAAUUUAUAAAUUAGUACCGUAUAUCCCGUUAUUUUCGCGAUGGUCUAUUUUUCGCUUUUUCUGCGACCAUUUUUAAUUCACAAAAUAUAAAACACGCAGAAAUUAUAUCAACUUUAAUGUGACAUAAAAACAUUACCAUUUUAAGAAAAAAAUCUUCAAUCGUAAAAAAUAACUUACGCAAAAUAAAAAAUGUACUAAUAUACCCCUUUUUCGCAAAAUUUCCAACAAGUGAAAAAAAAACGGAUAUAAGGUAUUUUUGUUA